CAACAGCCUGCUGGACCUCUGAUCUACCAUGAACGCCAAAUCUGCAAUCAGCAAAGAAAUUUUUGCCCCACAUGAUGAACGGAUGCUGGGAGCUGUCCAAGUGAAAAGAAGAACAAAAAAAAAGAUUCCUUUCCUAGCUACUGGGGGUCAGGGUGAAUACCUAACAUACAUCUGCUUGUCAGUGACAAACAAGAAACCAGCUCAAGCCUCUAUUACAAAGGUGAAGCAGUUUGAAGGCUCUACCUCUUUCGUCAGGAGAACGCAGUGGAUGCUUGAGCAGCUUCGCCAGGUCAAUGGCAUAGACCCGAACCGGGAUUCCCCAGAAUUUGAUCUGCUCUUUGAAAAUGCUUUUGACCAGUGGGUGGCAAGCACGGCUUCAGAGAAAUGCACAUUCUUCCAGGUUCUACACCACACUUGUCAGCGAUACCUUACAGACAAGAAACCAGAGUUUAUCAACUGCCAAUCUAAAAUCAUGGGAGGAAACAGCAUCCUCCACUCAGCAGCAGACAGUGUGACGAGCGCGGUGCAGAAGGCAAGCCAGGCUCUGAACGAGCGAGGUGAAAGGCUAGGUCGAGCAGAGGAGAAGACAGAGGAGCUGAAAAACAGUGCUCAGCAGUUUGCAGAAACUGCACACAAGCUUGCCAUGAAGCACAAAUGCUGAGAUAACUGCCCACAGUGGAACCCUUCCCCAGAGAAACUGGAAAGGCUCUGUUCAGCACUUCUCACAGGAGGAGAUCCAGACUACUGUGUGCUUUGUUUCUGCCACUUCAGUGGAGAUGCAUUUUCAGUUUCUGUGCAGGAAACAAAACCAGAAGUGUUGCAUUUCUCCCCUUUUUGACUUACUUUUUGUUCCUCUUUUUGUACUCUCCCUACACACUCCUGCAGUACUUCCUCCCUGGAGUUCAGUUGUCACAGGAGGGAAAGCAAACAGGGGAAACUGGACCAAAUGCCAUGCUGGUCAGGAUUAAAAUAGUAAUAAGCUUCCCCAUUUGUCCAGAAAAUGAUUUAAGUGGUGUGGAUGGAAAUAAAAUCCAGGCAAGGGGCACACUUCAUUUCAGGUAGCAUCAGCAGGCUGUGAAGGUUGGAAUGGAUUGCCUGGGGUUGGAACUGUGGUGGUGACUGGGCAAGAGGAAACUUGUGCCUGCUUGUGCAGUGUGAGGAGCUUAGCAUGGUGCCAUCAGCAGCGUUCAGCAGAGCACAUCUGGAUUUCACAGGGAAGUCUGGGGCUGGGGUUGCAUUUGGAGUGUUUCUGGGUGGGUUGGUUGAGGAGUGGAACAAAACCUUGAGGUUGCAAAAUUGAGGACAAAAAA